GGUGUUCUGGCCGGGGCUGCAGAGUCCAGGCCUGGUUCUGCUCAUACUGGGAGGGUGGGAAUCCCUUCUGAGCUGGUGGUGAGCUCUGUCCAUGUUCACUCAGAUAUAAAUGCAAAAAUAUAACCUGAAAUAAAUUCUGGUGUGAUUGGCAGAGGAGGAGAGCCAAGGUCCUGUGGUUUGUGGGUUUUUUUUCAUUCCACAUUAAACACAAUGGGAUUAAACUUUUAUAUUGCUCCAUGUAGCCUUACAGAGUCUGUCAGUCCAGGUCCCAAUAAAUACCUUGUGUGAUAAAAGAUACUUUGAAUUMCACAGUUUCCUAGGGAAUAAGAUAUUCUGGCUGCUGUGUUUUGUACUGUUCCAUUACAGUUCCAGUUUAGCUUUGCCAGGUAUUAACAAAAAAUAUGUAUUUUYUAUCAGCCAUUUCUCAAAGGGAUUUAAGAGGCUGACAGCGAGAGGAAAYUGAGGUUUGCUCGGGAGAGACAUCAAGGAGAUCCAGUGCCCCUUCUGUCAUGUUUUGGGAAUUGCCUUGUCAGUGUGGAGAGCUGGGAGAGGCAGAUCCAGGGCCCUGUGGCUGUGGCAGAGCUCAGUGAGUGAGGAUGUUGGGAAGGAAGGGACUGGCACGAGAAAUUCUGUGUUUCUAAUCUGUUGAGUACAGAUGAUGUUGUUCUUGGUGAAACGGAAAUUAAUCCAUUCUUCCUCAGCCUGUCCAUGUAACUGUAGCACCAAUGGGGACAACAAAUCCUCCUUGGUCAGGGGCCACAGGAUGGGCAGGGUGAGAAAAAGUCAGCUGGAGACACAGACCCUUCCUGGGUCAUUCCUGUCCCACCAGGACUGGGGCAGAAAAGCCAGGGACAGGAUUCCUCAUUCUAACAUGUGACAGGACAGGUUUCCAUCCCUCUCCCAUUCAGUUUGUCCAGCCUGGCCAUGGGGAUUUGCUUUUCUGGUGAAUUUUGGGUAAAGGGUUUGUGGGUGGUUCUUGGUUUCAAGAUGAGCCACACUCAGAGCAGUUAGAAAAAUCUGUAAGGGCCGUAGUAAACAGGGAUAUUUGCAGCUGAACAAAGUGUUCUGUGAGGAAUUGGGGUGGUUUGGGUAUGAAGGGACUCUCGGAGGUGAAGAGGGAGUCAGGCCCAGCAGAGUGAAACACUCCCAGUGUGGUGCCCGGUGUGGAAGAGCUGUGCUCCCCCCUCACAUCACCCUGUGCCUGUGAGGAUGGAUAAACCUCCUGAGGAUGGAUAAACCCCCGUGCCAGGCACCUGCUCCAGAAAUCCCUCAUCACACACCCCGGGAUGUGUUCCUGGGCAACAUCAGGGAGGAAACCGGGCUGGGGACAAAGAAAGAAAAGGAACUUGAUGGAGAAAACCCUCCUGCUAAAGUCAAAGUGAAAACACAAAUCUGGAGAUGCUGAGCUGCUCCCGGAGCCGACCCCAGCCCUGCGUCGCACCUUGCCUGGAUCCCGCACCAACCGGGAUAUUUUACCCGUUUUUUUUUUGCUUUGCGCUGCGCUCCGUUUCCAGGCUCAACCCUCCCGCGAACUGCUGAUGGCAGAGUUUUCCAGAGAACCUGGCAAGAAGCAGCGUGAACGUGCUGAUGUGAAUUUCGACGUUAAUCUUCUGUAAAUCGAGUGSCCCGURUCCGAGGGACAGCCGGGAGAAAUCYGAAUGACGUUUCCAUAGCCCUCUGCGCGCCCGCGCUAUUGAGAUGAAAUCUCAUGGCUGGAAUUCCGUGGACGCAGCUGCUGUAUCAGCGCUCGGGMGAUUCUGCUGUUCUGUUCAGAAGCGACCCAUAAAUAGCGGGGCUCCGGCGCCGCCCGGCACAGCGGAACCAACACGGACAGGCACCAUGACCGAGCAGCAAAGUCCCCCCGAGCAGAUGGCGACUGGGGAGGGUGCUGGCGAGCGAGGUGGCAACUACAAGAUCACAAUCUACGAGCUGGAAAACUUCCAGGGCAAAAGGUGUGAGCUGACAGAGGAGCUGCCCAACAUCACCGAGAAGGAGAUGGAGAAGGUGGGCUCCAUCCAGGUGGAGUGUGGCCCGUGGCUGGGCUUCGAGCGCCAGGCCUAUGCUGGGGAGCAGUUUGUGCUGGAGAAGGGCGACUACCCCCGCUGGGACUCGUGGUCCAACAGCCACAGCAGCGACAGCCUGAUGUCCCUGCGGCCCCUCCAGAUCGACAGCGCUGACCACAAGAUCCACCUGUUUGAGAACGCGGGCUACACCGGCCGCAAGAUGGAGAUCGUGGAUGAUGACGUGCCCAGCCUGUGGGCUCACGGCUUCCAGGACCGUGUGGCCAGCGUCAAGGCGCUGAAUGGAACGUGGGUGGGCUACGAGUACCCCGGCUACCGGGGCCGCCAGCACGUCUUCGAGAAGGGCGAGUACCGGCACUGGAACGAGUGGGACGCCAACCAGCCSCUCAUCCAGUCCGUGCGCCGAGUGCGGGACCAGCAGUGGCACCAGCGGGGCUGCUUCGAGAACAGCUGAGGGACCCCCAGCCCCCGCCCGGGGCCGCCAGCGGGGUCCCCCGGCUGAUGCCGUGACCGUGGUGUUUUUUGUGCAAAAACCUCAAUAAAAGCUCUGAGCUGGAGGCUGCCGGGGCCCGCCUGCUC